CUGACGUGCGACGGCGUUUCCGGGAAGAUGGCGGCCGUGGAAGUGGCUACGGAGCUGGCCACUGUAGUGACGGCCUUCGGGCCAAAGGCGAAGGACGAAGAAGAGGAAGACGAGGAGGAGUCGCUGCCACCUUGUGAGGCCGUGCGCUGGGCCCCAGUGGGGGCUGUGGCCGAGGCCGGGCCUGGGGCGGCGGCGUUCUCGGAGGAGGCGGCAGCCGAGGAGCCUGGAGCGGCUGCGGGCUCUCCUCCCGACGCGACCGUCCGCACGCUGAGGCGACUGCAAGCCGAACGGCGGCAGCUGGACUCGGCCCUGCUCGCGCUGUCCUCGCACUUCGCGCAGGUGCAGUUCCGCCUGCGCCAGGUAGUGCGCGGGGCGCCGGCCGAGCAGCAGCGUCUCCUGCGCGAGCUCGAAGACUUCGCCUUCCGCGGCUGUCCUCACGUCCUGGGAUACGAGGGGCUGGAAGACCCCUGCGGCGACGACGAAGGAAGUGGGCUUCCCGAGGGCCGGCCACGAGUGCGGGGCGAGGACCAGAGUGAGCAGGAAAAACGAGAGCGCCUAGAAACCCAGAGGGAAAAGCAGAAAGAAUUGAUUCUGCAGCUCAAGACCCAGCUGGAUGACCUGGAAACCUUUGCGUAUCAGGAGGGCAGUUAUGAUUCCUUGCCGCAGUCCGUGGUCUUGGAAAGACAACGGGUGAUCAUCGAUGAGUUAAUAAAGAAACUGGACAUGAAUCUGAAUGAGGACAUCAGUUCCCUGUCAACUGAGGAGCUUCGUCAGCGUGUGGACGCAGCAGUGGCUCAGAUUGUCAACCCAGCUCGGGUGAAAGAGCAGUUGGUUGAGCAACUGAAAACCCAGAUCCGAGACCUUGAGAUGUUCAUCAGCUUCAUCCAAGAUGAAGUGGGAAGCCCCUUGCAGACAAGUGGACACUGUGAGUGCAAGGCCAGCGGGAAGACAGAAAACAGCUCCACCAGAAUGGGCAGCAGCACACUGCCCCCAGGGGCCAGCAAAACAAAGGCAGAAGACGUGAAGAGAGUCCGGGAAACGGGGCUACACCUGAUGCGUCGAGCGCUGGCUGUGCUGCAGAUCUUUGCUGUCAGCCAGUUGGGCUGUGCCACAGGCCAGAUCCCUCAGUCCUUGUGGCAGAGGGGUCAGGCAGACAGAGACUACUCUCCCUUACUGAAACGGCUGGAAGUGUCAGUAGACAGAGUAAAGCAGCUAGCCUUGAGACAUCAGCCACAUGACCAUGUCAUCACUUCGGCCAACCUCCAGGACCUCUCUCUAGGAGGCAAGGAUGAGCUGACCAUGGCUGUGCGGAAGGAGCUGACAGUGGCUGUGAGGGACCUGCUGGCCCACGGACUAUAUGCCACCUCCUCUGGGAUGAGCCUUGUCAUGGCCCCCAUUGCUUGUUUGUUGCCAGCCUUCUCCUCAGCCCCCGAGACCAUGCACCCCUGGGAGCUCUUUGUAAAGUACUAUCAUGCCAAGAAUGGCCGUGCAUAUGUGGAAUCCCCAGCCCGGAAGCUCUCACAGUCGUUUGCCCUUCCUGUAAUGGGUGGCAGCACCGUGACCCCCAAACAGAGCCUUCUGACAGCCAUCCACCUGGUGCUGACAGAGCACGACCCUUUCAAGCGCAGUGCUGACUCAGAGCUGAAGGCGUUGGUAUGCAUGGCACUGAAUGAGCAGCGCCUGGUGUCCUGGGUGAACCUCAUCUGCAAGUCAGGGUCCCUCAUCGAGCCCCAUUACCAGCCCUGGAGCUACAUGGCUCACACAGGUUUCGAGAGUGCCCUCAACUUGCUCAGCCGCCUCAGCAGCCUCAAGUUCAGCCUUCCCGUAGACUUGGCGGUGCGCCAGCUCAAGAACAUCAAGGAUGCCUUUUGAAGAUUAGCCUGACCUUGGGCCCCACAUGCCUUACUUUAAAGAGGUAGAGGUCUUAGGGUUCUGAGUACCAGCCAGGGAGCUAGAGGGAAGGUUACAGACAUUUUUCUUAAACCCUUUUCAGGUGGUCAGCCAAAUGGAGGCAAAGUCUGUUUUCCUCCUAGCGUAAUAGAAAGAUGUGCCAGAGACUGUCAUCAAAAAUAGUGUCAGAGAGAUGGUUCACCAGGUAAAGAUGCUUGCAUCACACCUGACAAUCUGAGUGAUGCUGGAGACCCACAUGAUACAGGGAGAGUCCUCUCACAAAUUAUCCUCUUACCUCCAUACAUGAACUGUGUGGAACGUGUGCGCCCCUGCCCAAACAUAGACCAGUUUAAUAAAAUCUGAAAAAGAGUAUCAGGACUAGAGGUGUCUGUCGCUCAGGGGUGUGGGCCUGGAAAGCAUGCACACAGCCAAGCUUGGGACACUUGAAAGCAAGCAGAGAGCCACCCCAGCCCACCACAGUACAUCUGUCCCACUGCGUUAACAAAAUCAGUUACCACACAUAGCUGAUGCCCAGCUCACUGUGGCAUAUCUGCUUUUUAGAAAGUACAGGUUGGGCCGGGCGUUGGUGGCGCACGCCUUUAAUCCUAGCACUUGGGAGGCAGAGGCAGGCGGAUCUCUAUGAGUUUGAGGUCAGUGUGGUCUACAGAGUGAGUUCCAGGACAGGCUCCAAAGCAAUACAGAAAAACCCUGUCUCAAAAAACCAAAAAAAAAAAAAAAAAAAGAAACCGCAGGUGGGGUCCCCGUUCUCUUCGUGGCAGCAAGUAAGUCCCAGUGAGGGAGCUCUGAAAGACCCUGAAUGUGAGGCUCCUGCUAGUUCAGUUGGGAGCAGUCUCCCUCAGGAGCAGCUGUGAGAGCCUUAGGGCCAGAACCGUAAUCCAGUUAGGAAUUCUGGUUCCCCGUCUUUCUGUGGGAGUUUUAGUGUGAGUCUAAGAUGAGAACGGAAUCUCCCUGCUGAGGUAAUUCUCACAGACAGUGCUCUUCCAGUUACGAAGAACGACAACUGAUGUCAGGUACUAUCUCUGGAAAGUCACUUUCUUCUGUGACCCUCUCAGGACUGACACAGUCUUUGGAAAUGAAAGCAUUCAAAAAAGUCCUUGUCACUCAAGAACUCACAGAACACACAGGGUGAGUGGCACAGCCUCUGGCUUGUGACCCGCUCACACUACCUGACCUGAAGAAUGUCUGACAGGGAUGGUUUGAUCUUAGUGUGCUCAGCAGCUCUUGGGCCGGGGGAUUAUCACUUAUUUUCAUAUGCCUGCACGGCUGUGAACUUGACUCCUGUCCUUCAGCUGCCAGGGGGCCCUUGCUCCAGCACUCCCGAAGAUGUGUGAACUAAACUGCCUCCUGCACUUUGUUCCCGUGAAGUACACUUUAACUCGUUUCAAUGACAUGUCACUUAGGAUGCAUCAUUGACAUUUAAUGGAAAUAAAUGCAAUUUCCCUAUGAGACAGAAAAGUGUUUCGGGGCUUGGGAUGCAGCUCAGUGGUAGACUGCAUGCCUGGCUUGUCUGGGGUCCUGUUUUUCAAUCCUCAGCACCACUCCCAGGAGAAAAAAAGAUAAUUGUAAAAUAUCACAAAUAAUGAUAUAUCGGUGAUUGAUAAUAAAAUUAUAAUAUUUUGUGUA